AUGACAAUUGCUCUCAAACCUCGGUUGUUGAUAAUCGGUUGCGGUCCAGCAAAGGAUUUUGACGUGGUAGCUUAUGAAGCGAGAGACUCAGUCGGCGGCCUAUGGAAUUUUGAUCCCAACCCACCUCCUUGCAAGGUCACCUUUGACGAUGACGGACAUGCUAUCGCCUUGACAGGCCUAGAACAGGAAGGCAACCCCUCUCCAUCGCCUACACCCAUGUACGCAGGGGUCACAGCCAAUACUCCCCGGGUAGUGGAGUAUCCUACGCAUCAGACCAUCUUCCAAUAUCAGCAAGAACACGCAGUGAGAUAUCUCGACUAUAUCCGCUUCAACCGAGUGGUUACACGGGUGAGACAUGCGCCCAAAGGCAGAUCGUCCGUCAAAAAAUGGCUUGUAGAGUGGACACCAUCGCUAAAGGACAAAUCGCAAGAUCUCGGCAAGGCGUUUGAAGAACAGUUUGAUCAUGUGGUUGUCGCCAAUGGAACCGAUUCAAGACCGUUCAUCCCAUACAUCGACGGAUUGUGGGAUUGGAAGGGCGAAAUUUUUCACUCUAGAUGGUACAGACGACCCCAAGAUUUUGCAGGCAAGACUGUCAUGGUUGUGGGUGGAGGACCAUCUAGCGCCGAUAUCGUUCGAGAGCUUGGCAUGCUGUGUGUGAGGAAGAGCACUUCCGCAUCCAAGAAGAUCUACAGGUCUUUCCGAAGCAAGCUCCGUUAUGACACUGAGCAUGAUAGAGGAUGGCCUGACCACAUUGUCAACGUUUCACCAAUGAGAUUAGUCAGCAAACCUUCGCCCCAAUCCCACAAUGGCCGGAUUGUCAUCGUGUUUGCCACUGGAUUCGUGGCCAGAUUUGAGUUUUUCAGGGAGACUGAUGCUCCAUUCGAUCAAGCUCCAUUGCUACGAUAUCCACAAGUCCCCAAAGGGGCAAGACGUCCGUCAAGGGAAGCAGUCGGAAAACACACUCUGGAAGGUGGUCAUCGGGUACACAAUCUUGACGCGCAUCAAAUAUUCUAUCUACCAGAUCCGACCCUAGCGUUCUUGCUUCUACACGCCGAAGCAAUUCCAUGGCCAUUUUCCGAAAUGCAAGCAAGGGUGGUCGCGGCACACUGGUCCGGCACACCACUUGACCUUGACCCACAUCCCGAUGAAGACAAUGAUUCGCAUUCAAUACUGAUAUUAGGUCAUCCAGGAGAGUUUGAAUACGCCGAGAAGAUGCUCAAACUCAUCGGCGAAGGAGGUCCGCAGGAGAUUCGCGCUCUGAUCGACUAA